AUGAAUAUUAAUCGUAAAGAAUAUGUUUUUCUCAAUUAAUGUAGUUAGUUCUGUUUACAAAGUGGAAUGUGAAUAUUUCCUUAAUGAGUGUUUUCACUAGUUCAAAUAUUGAGCAGUGAUACUUUACAGUGGACUGGCUGAUAAAUAGAAACUAGUGAUGGAAAGAAAAAAUAGUAAUGUUUUUAAAUUUGAAGGCUCUACAAUGAUUGUUUCUGGCAAAGGUCCAAACACUAACUUCACUAACAAAAACUUCACCAUGGACACAAGUUUUCGUCCUAACCUGUUCUCUUCCACCUUGAAUUUGCCACGAAAUUUUGAAAAGCAAUGUUCAGCAGCAUCAGUGGUCAGCAGCCAACGGAGUAUAUACUAUAGACGAGACACCUCUCCCACUCAUUCUAUCCGCAGUGACUUACAGCCGCGCAAUUUCUACCAACCUUUCUGUUCAAGAGGCUUUUCUCAACGAUCAGUGUACAAUGACAGAGCAGUGUCACCAGUCUCAAUGAGAAGUAUUGAUUCAACAGCCAGUCGGGCAGACACAAUCAAAUCUAUUAUCAGUCAAUGUUCUGAAGAUGAAUUGAAAAUGAUUAAGCAAGUAGUGAACAGAAAACUUGAAUAUAGGAAAAAGGCUCAGAGGAGGCGGAAAAUGCAGAUGUCUUUAAAGAAUUUCCAAUACAGAUAUGAGGAUGAUGGUGACCAAGGAUCAAGCUCAUCAAUCAGCAAUGAUGACUGUGUCUCGACACAGACAGGAUACAGCUGGAGACAGUUCUCACAAAGAAAUGGUGUACUCCAAAAUGGGAACACUUUGUACCCCCAGAAUAAUACAAUGUGUGGCCCUAGAAAUACCUUUUUCUCUCAAAGGUACACAAGUGGCCAAGCAAAUAUCUCUUCCAUGCAUAAAAACACUCUUAAUGCCUCCAUAUGUUCCACUAAAAGCAUGCAUAAUAUGACAAUGAUGUCUCAAAGAGAUAGGUUCAGGGGUGCAUUUCAAUUCCCAUCUCAAAAGUUUAACAGGUCUACACUUUAUGAGGAGCAACAGCAAGUUAAAAGCAACCAGUUCCCAAAGGCAGAUUGUGUUAAUAAAAAUAUGAAUGCACAAAGAGAUCAGAUUGAUGAACUGAGUGAUGAAAAUGAAAAUAUAUUUCUGGAUACAACAGAAAAACAAAAAUCAGAGGAAAAGAAAAGUGGAAAGAGAAAAGCUGAAAGUUUAGGUGACAUACCAAAUCCUACUACAAAGAAACCAAAAACUUGUUCAAGUAAUGACAAAGUUAACAAGCAAACACAAAAAAUAGAUAACAAUAAAAAUAAUGAGUUUGAAUUUGUGAAGCCACAAUUUCCUGUCAAGAAGUCUGCCCCUGCUAAACUUCGGGAGAAAAUGAUUUCAAAAUCUUCUGGUAUUCCAUUCCUAGUUUGUAGUACUCAAGAGAAUCAAAUCCUGCAACCCCAGCCAGUACAAGCUCCCAGCCCAGAGCCCCAUGUAGAACCUGAACAAGAUAACCCAGAGCUGACUACCAGUGACAUGUCCAUGAGGCCCAGCUUUAUGAAAAGAAAACUAUUUACCCAGACUCUUGAUGUCACUGAGAGAAAAAAUAAUAGCUUUGAUAAUGGUAGUGCAGACAGUCCACAAAGCAAUAUCUAUAGUGCAUUAUCUAGAGAAAAACAUAAGACAAGAAAAUUGGUCACCAGCCAGUCCCUUUUAAGUCGUGAUGUUAAUCAAGAUGACGAUAAUCUCUUAGAUUUGAUUCAUAAGAUUGUCCCUCCAAAUCAAGUUAAUUCUACUAUAACAGCUAACACUACCAAACCAAGGGUCAGUGGGACUAAGGAUGGUGAUGAUAAAUGGGACGUUACUUCAAUUAUAUCAACAUGUAAUAAUGACAGUGUCAGUGAAACUUACACAGAUGAUGAAAUAUUCAGAGUUAGUAUUAAUGAUACAAAGAGUAAACCACAAGAAAAACCUGUCUCCAACAAAAAUAUACAAGAGGGGAAAAAUAAUGUUGCAAAUAAACCUGAAAAUAAUGUGAAUGCGAUAAAUGACAAAAAUGUCAAAGAUGCUGGUAACACAAAUACCAGAAAUGUAGGCAACAUAAAGCCUCCAAGUGAUAGAAAUCUUAAAAGCCGUAGUAAUGCAAAUCAAAUAAAUGUUAACAAUACUAAAGAUGUUGGUAAUAUAAAAACAACAAAUAAUAAAAAUAUCAAAGAUCUAGAGGAAAGUAAACUGGCAAAUAAUAAAAAUGUCAAAAAUGUUGGUAAUAAGAAAAGAGCAAAUAAUAUAAACAUCAAAGAUGUUGAUGAAAUAAAGCUGACAUAUAAUAAAACUGUCAAGGAUGUUGGUGAUGAAAAACUAAUAAAUAACAAAGAUGUUGUUCCCCUAAGUAAUAAAAAAUGUAAAGACCUAGAUAAGUAUUACACAAAUAAUAAAAACAACAAAGACGUUAAAAGAAUGCUUCAAGCAGCUCCCAGAAUGGAUACUCCUGUGAAACCUUGUCCCGCGAAGAGGGUCAUGCUGAGCCGCAGCCGUAUCGACGCGUUCUGGGAUACGGACGACAGCGACCACGAGUGCGCCGCGCGGCGCCAUUUUACCCCGAUGCAGGUGCACCACCACACAGACUUGACACAGAAUCAUGGAAUCAUUCCCAAGCAAAGUGGCCCUGACACCCAGCCGACUUCAUCAACGAAAGUAACGAAAACCAACCACCCUCCAUUAGUUAUGUUACAGGACGUAAUGAAAAUCCCGAAAAAUCAAACAAGCAAAAAAAUUACAAAGAAAACUCAAUCAAAAACAACGAAGAAGUCUGAUGACAACUCUCAACCUGAAAAAAUGGUCCAAAAUAAUAAUGAAACACCAAACACGUCACUGAGGUCAAGAAGACUAAAAAACCUAUCAGCCGCGUUGGAAUCUGUUAAUAAUACAGAUCAUAAAGAAAGUAAUACUUCAAUUAAAGAAAACAUACCAACUAAAACAAAAGUUCAAAAGAAACAAAACACCGAGAAGAAAGGAACACAGGAUAAAAAUAAUAAGAAUAAAGCGACCGAAAUCACAAAAAUUCGAAAUAAAAAAGAAAAUGACAGUUUAAUAGAAAACUCUAAAAAACGAGUGGAAACCCCAAAAAGCCAUAUUAAAACUCCUAAAGUACAAACUGCACAAAUGAAAAUUGAUUUAUGUAAAGUUUUAAGAUCACGCAACGUUGACCUGUCAUCUUCGUUUAAUUCUGACAAAUUUGAACUAACAAUGACUCGUACAAGAAAAUCACGAACGCCAAGCAAAAGAAUUUCUUUCAAUAAGUCGAAAAGUAUGCUGGCCAACAACAAAAUCAGAAAUAGAGCAACCAAGUCGUGAAGUACAAACACGAAUUAUAACUAGAUUUUUUUACAUAAUGAACGGCACAUUCGCGCAGAAAACUUUUUUUUUUCAAACAGCGCUGUCUUGCUUACAACCAUUGAAUGGGAGUUGCAGAUUUUGAAUUCGCUAAACUUGGUGUUUUAGCAUUAGAAAGAACUUCGCAGAAUUAUUAUAUAUCGCAGAAUAUUAGAAUUCGGCACUUUAUGCAGUCAGUAUCAAAAUUAAAUAUAUAAGCACCAUGAUUCAGUUCUUUCUAAUGAUAUCAAAACGAUUUUCUUUAAAUACUUGUAAAUCCAUUACUUAUAUGUAACUACUUUUAGAAAAUUUGAUGUAACUAUGAGUUAUUUAUUAGUAUGCACAUAGUAGUAGGUAUGAAUUAGUCACGGCCCACCGUAUUCACAUAUACAGUCUGUGUCUGACCAUCUAAUCAUAAACUGAGCUAUUUUUACUAUGGGACCAACUCUAAAAUCGGGGAAAAAUUUGUGGCUCUUCCAUAGAAAACGUCGACAUCUGAUCAGACAAAAUGUAUGAAACGGUAAAUUUUUUUUUCGGGAUUUCGGGGUUGGUGCCAUAAUAAAAGUAUGUAGCUCAGUUUAGCGAGUAGAAUCGAGCCCUGGAUUUAAAGCCCCAUGGUCAGACACACCCUGUAUGAACCACGCAUGUCAUAAUUAAUAAUACCCUUUGGAUGGAAUACCAUCUGUCCAAUUUCUUGGUCCAAUGUGUAUUUGCGUCUCACAGAGAGAGUAGAGGCAAUGACAUUGGACAAAGAUAUAGGAAAGAUGGAAUACCAUCCUAACACAGAGUCCGAGUAACAUAAUUUUGUGUUUUUCGGUUGAGUAAUAUAAUUCUUUUGUAUAGCAGUCGUGUCGUGUGACGGUUUAAAGUACGAUUUAUUUUAUUAAUCAUUAGAAAUAUUAGAAUUACUUGCAUUUUAACUAAGAGAUUUCUGACUUAUAAUAUUAUGUAAUGUAGGCACCUAUCGAAACCGAGCGGAUGAGCAAAAGCAGCAUCUACGUAUUGCCUGGAGGCUUUGGAGACGAUUGUCCCGCAUACGGGAAUGGCAUAUGAAUAAUGUAAUUUAUGGAAUAUAAUUAUGUUUGUUUUUUAUUAUUAUUAUUUGAAAUAAUACAUGUGUGUUGAUGUGUAAGCAAAGGUAUGAGCACUUUUGUACAAUUUUAACUAUGGCCUCAUAUUGUGUAUACGUC